AUGUCUGCUAAAUCGAUGGUCAAGGUUGACCUCUUUCCUGUUCACAAGGAAAGCUCCAUACCCGCCAUCGCACGAACAGUCAAUCAUGCGUUCUCUUCAGAUCCCUUGAUCCGCUGGCUGCGCCCGAAUGCUACCCCAUGGGCACAGCAAGAUACCAGCUCGGGGAGUUGGCAGUACCGGCGGAUCCAACGGAUAAUGUUUGAAGGCGAGGUAUUCAGAUCUGGUGAUGUCAGACAAAUGGCAGAUAAAUUUCCCCAGAGAGCACGAAGUAAGGUAUCAACAUGUACUCCUACAGCGCCUGUGACCGCACUGCCAGAAAAAGAACCGAAAAUCUCGAUGGAAGACGGGGGCAUCAAUUCUAGCAGACAGGAUGCCGGCGCUGUUGUUUUCUUAUUUCCACCUCCCGGGCGAGCAUCAUGGUCCCUACCGCGCAUAUGGCUUGCUUGCAAAUUGUGGUUUUUGGAUCGUCUGGCUCCCGCGCACGAUAGUGGUGUGAGAGAGAAGCGAGUGCAGGUACUCAUGGAGAAGCAUGACGAAAGUGUGAAGUUGUUAGAGGCAACGUUCCCAAAGCAAAAACUGUGGUAUCUCGAGGUAAUAGCUGUGCAUCCCUCCUUGCAAUCACGCGGUCUCGGUGGGGGUGUGAUGAGGUGGGCCUUGGAACAUAUGCAAAACGAGCCUGUAUAUCUGGAAUGUACUCGGGAGGAGAAUAUUGGGUUUUAUGAGAGUUUCGGAUUUGAAGUGGCCGAAGUGGUCGAGAUGUUCGAGGAUGGGAGUCAUAGGGAUGGUGAAGGUGAUCAGGGGUUCAAGCACUGGGUAAUGGUUCAUCCGGGGAAGAAGGGGAGUUAG